GGGACGCCGGUCCUCGGACAAUUUCUCACAGCUAUCAAUGGCUUCAUCCUGGUGCAAAACGCUCGAGAGCUUGCCAGCUACAUUGCGAUAGAACCUCCUUUUGGCAAGCUCUACUACGACUUGAUAGCGGAGCUACAACAAAACUACCCGCAGGAGAAAGAAGACGCACUUGAGGAGAAGUGCAGACAGAUGCUGGUCACUGCUAGGGAGGGCGUUGAUGGCAGUGCGACUUGGACGCCAUUCAUUCUGUUCAUGGUACAGUACUUGUCCUACCUUCGCGAUGUCAACGAAGAUACCAGCAAACUGCUGGAGACCUACGACUUACUCAUUGGCUUGCAAGAAAGGGCAAACAGCGCGCUGAGCCACGGCACACUGGGCGUUCUUAUGCUCCCUGUCGUGGUCAGGUGUGCACAAGUUGUCUGCCGCCUGGCAAUAGGUCUCGAUCGCCGACCAGAGCUUAUGGCCCAGCUGAGAUCAGCGGGAGCAGCAGCAUCUGGUGGCGACGAUGAGGGCAGCGCCAGGGAGACACUUCCUGAGAGAGCUGCCGAGAUCCUACGUCGCGCCUUCACUGCCUGCAUGAACGACAAGACCACAGCUGCCAACAAAGUCGAAGGCAAAAAGCAAGGCAUCUACAAAAUUGCCAACAUCUGUCUCAAGAUUCUGUUCCAGUGCCGCAAGACACGCAACGCCGCGAUGAUAUUCGAGAACAUCGGAAACCAAUCUCCGCAGCUCUCGCUGUACCCCAAGAGUGAGCGAGUCACUUACCUCUACUACCUGGGCAGGUAUCUGUUCCAGAACAACCACUUCUACCGAGCGCAAGAGGCACUUCAGUAUGCUUAUGAUGAGUGCUCAGCGGGUGAGAAUUUUAUUCGCCAGAGGAGACAUAUUCUAGUCUACUUGGUCACCUCAAACAUCAUUCUUGGUCGCUUUCCUUCAGCUGCACUUCUCCAGCGACCUGAAGCUAUUGGGUUCCAAGAGCACUUCGCGCCCAUCAUGCAGGCAAUGAGGACUGGCAACUUGGCACUGUUUCGCCAGGCUCUUGACUUCAACGGGCCCCAUGCAGACUGGUUCCUGCACUUCCGGGUACUUUUGCCAUUGAGAAACAGAUGCGAAGUACAUGUCUGGCGGACGCUAGUGCGUCGUGUCUGG